CAUGCCGCCGACCUCUCACCCGCUGUCUCGCCUUCUCGCCUUCUCGCCUUCUUGCGCUCUAGCGCUCUAGCGCUCUUGCGCUCUUGCGUGAAGUUGAAUACUGAGGCAAGAUUCUAUAUAAGGGAGUAGCUGUCUGUGUUUCUCUCAUCAUUUCGCAACAUCAACCACUUCGAAAGCAUAAGAAGCGAUCUUUUCCCUUCUACAAACUUCCUGCGUUCAAAAGGCAGUUUUCUAGUAUCAUUUUUAAUUUCACCACCUGGUCUAGACUGAACUGAAGUCUGGGACCGCAAUUCACUCUUCCCAUACUUUGAAAUCAAGAAUAAAAGACAGCAACAAUGGGCUCUACCGUCAACACUUGGCAAUGCUGCCGCUGUGGGAUGUCUGGGAUGCUCAAGGACACAAACCCCCAAUGUACUGAGCAUAACUGCCAACAUGCUCGCUGCAAGGAUUGCAUUGUCUUCACCGACACCGUCGGCCCUGCUAAGCCUUUCAAAUGAUCCCUUGGACUCUCUUUGAUCUCUGGAGGCUGGGUACAACUGUUAAUUUUGGCGUUCAUAUUUGCUAUUUGGCCCAAAAAGUCCACACCUGUUCCCUCUUUUUUUAUACCCUAUUUAUUGCAUUUUGCUUCUUGUUUUCAUUUUCGGUGGGAAGGAUGAGAUGGGAGAAGCCGCCAACAUUACAUUGCAAGAUGUCAAUUCAUCAGUCGGCCUCCGUCUUCAUACAGCUCUGCAGCAAAAUCCCAAAGCUUCCACAACAGUCGGUAUUUCUGCAAGGCCACAGCAUAUCUUGGAGCGAGGUUUGGGGCUUGUUAUGCCUGUUGGAGAUGGCCACACACAAUUGCGAGACGAUGCCGGUUUCUUUUCUGGUUAAUGAACAGGGUGGUGGACAUUUGUUAUUUUGACUGGAUUUCUGUUUUGAUGAUUUCGAUUAGAUAGCUCCUACAAAUUUUAACUCCAUGUUGAGCAGCCUUCUGUGCUCACUCAU